AGCCUUCUGCCUGAGAAGUUUACCCAUCUUGACAUGCACAAGAAAUGAAAACAUUAGCUGCCAUGCUUGGAAUUGGGAAGUCGUUUUGGGUCCUCUUCUUAAUCCCACAUCUGGGCAUCUGGAAUAUUGACGGGGAAACAUGUAAUGCACAAAUACAUAUUAAGAGAGAUACCAUGUAUAAUGCUUUAGCAGGGAAAUCAUUUCAACUGGAUUGUCCUGUGGAUAAGUGUGCUAAUACACACAACGUAACCUGGUGCAAGAUUGAAGGAGAAAAGUGUCCACUUCUUGGGGAAACGCAUCAUAGAAAAAUGAAGCAGAAUGAAAAGAAGGAUAUUUUGGUUUAUAGUUUGUAUUUUGACCAAGCACUGGCCAGUGACAAUGGAUCAUACCGCUGUUCUGCAAAUGUUUCCUCUGGACUCCUUGAGAGCUACUCAAUAACUCUAUAUGUGACAGGGGAACAAAAGAAGCCUUCUGAUACAGCAGAAAGGAGAAUUAGUCUGGUUGAUGUUCCUCAGCCCUGUGGAAGUGAGCAAACUAAAAAGAGCACAAGGCAAAAUUCCCAAAACCUGCCUUUAGAAACUGAAGUUUAUGAUAAUGACCCCUGGUGUGGGGUUCAGGAGGAGCCUGGAGUUUAUUCUAUCCAAUGUCUGGAGGAAAACAGACAGGGCGUUGUGUAUGCUUCACUGAACCACUCCGUCAUUGAAAUGAACCAAAGACAGGCAAGAAACAUGAAAGAGGCACCUACAGAAUAUGCAGCCAUAUGUGUGAGGAGUUAA